AUGGCGUCAUCACACAAGUUCUUCCCGGCCGUCCUCCUCCUGCUGCUGGUUGUCACCAUGGAGGUGGCGCCGGCGUACGCGGAGGAGGCGAGGGUGUGCGAGACGGAUAGCACUCGGUUCAAGGGGAUAUGCAUGGUUGGCACAAACUGUGCCAACAUUUGCCUUACCGAGGGCUUCACCAGCGGCAAGUGCUCCGGCUUGAAGAGGAAGUGCAUUUGCACCAAACCAUGCUAG